AUGGCGAAAGCCCGUUGCCAAGCGUGUCGGCGCCGCAAGGUCCGCUGUGAUGAGACGAAGCCCAUCUGCCGCGCGUGCGAGCGGCUCGACCUCUCGUGCGUGUACGGCCCUGCCCUGGGCAGCUCCACUCCGGAAGCAUCUAAGUAUCGGGUUCGCUUUGUGAACUCCCCAUACUCCAGAUCCGUGCUGGAAUCCAGCGCCGCCGCGCCGAGCAAUGGCCAAUCAGGCGCGGGUCCUACAGAGACCUCGUCUGUCGAGGCAUCAGUGUCCCCCACAGUACCCGACACUCGGGCUCGCGGCCAACAGCCUGUAAACCUACAGGAUCUUUCCGCUUCAGGAGAGUAUGUCGAAGCCGACCCGUUAGCCAACAUCACGUCCAUGUCUAGAGGCGACCCGGAGCAAUCUAGUCAUGAAGUCAUCUCUCCUCAACAGGACGCAUCGACCUGGGAUCCGGGGCCCAUGCCGCUGAUGGGUGUGCCUGGUCAAGCAAAUUUCCCCAACCAGCAAGCCGUAUUCCUGCCACAGGAUCUAUCGGCUCCGGAUGCGGAAGGGGCCAUGGGCAUGAUGCCCAUGCCCGCAUUCUUCGAUCUGAACAUGAACUUUGACUCGUUGAGCGACGACUGGAUGGCCUUUCCUUCCGCACCCGUCGGAAGGCAAAUACCCAGAACAACGACCUACCGGGAGGAAGAAAACCAGAGCCCUUCAUCCGAAGCCAGCGGGGUCGUCAGUAUCACUCCUGCUGACCAUGGCCUCAUUCAGCACUACCUGAAUGUGAUGUCUCAGUACACCAAGAUGCGAAGCUCCGGCGACGAGAACAUGUACACCCAGAUAUUCAGCAAUAUGGCAUUAUUUUACCCGCCACUUUACCAUGCCAUAAUGGCCUGGACUGGCAUCCAUCUUGGCCAGAGCAAACGGCAGACUCGCCUUGUAACCGAGGCCGAGCAGCGGAACAGUCGCGCGGUAGUACUGCUGCAUCAGGAUCAGGAGAUUGCGAAUCAUCUCGAGCUGGCGCUGGUCACCAUCUGGUUUGCCCUACAGUUCGAGCUCCUAGCUGCUCGGGGGAUCGACUCGUUUUGUCUCCACCUCGAGUUUGCUGCUGACCUGAUCGAUGCUUGUCGCCGCCAGGCCAGAAACAACGACCGUCCUCCAAAUCUCAACCCCAUAAGCUCCCGUGUGCUGUCGUGGCUGGGCAGCUAUGAUGCCAGAGCCUCCUGGAUCGGAGGCACAGGCCGUUUGCUACAAAGUCUAGAGAUGUACCGAUCGGACUAUGACUUCCUGGAUGCUGCGUUUCCAGAUCCAUCCCAGGACAAGGCUAGCAGCAUAUCCGACCUGAAAUCGUCUCUACGAGCGAAUAUGGAGCUCGAUAUGGUGGACAAUCGGAUAGCGCUUUUGCACCGACGAGUCAUAACCGCGCCGGCCGCUGUAUGGUCUCAGGUCGUGUCAGAUUUGCUCUCUAUGCAAGAGCGACUGGAGACUGCCUCUCCUACUGCGGCAGCUCUGGAGACAAUUCUUCACAAGGGGACUCGGAGCGUCAAAGCUUAUUACAGCGUUAUCAUCGAAUUCCAUGGGCGCCUGCUGCCGGCCUCUGUAGUAGGCAAUCUGGAGCCGAGCAAGCUGAUAACCGCUCAGGCCGCGGCUGACCGGAUCAUCCGCAUCUCGGCCUGGGUGAACCGGCUCCGGUUGCCGUCUCCACAGAACAUCUGGCUCCGUAUCUUGUUCCUCGCAGGGAUCGAGACCACGGACCUGGUACAGCAGGACUGGGUGCUCAGGACGUUUGCCGAUGCCGAGAGGUGGGGAGGUAAUUUUACAAAGGCGCGAGUGUUACUGGAAUUCAUUAUCAAGGAGCAAGGGGACCGAGGCACUAGGAUUGAUUACCUGGAUGCGAUGAAGCGAAGCACUGGUUUGUUCAUUAUCUAA